AUGGUGUCCAAAUUGACAUCUCUCCAGCAGGAGCUGCUCAGCGCUUUAUUAAGUUCCGGACUCUCCAAAGAUGUCUUGAUCCAGGCGCUGGAAGACCUGGAGCCCUCUCGCAACUUCGAGGUGAAACUGGAGACUCUGCCCGUGUCCCCGCUCAAGAUGAACGGCUCGGCGGCGGCGGCGGCGGCGGAGGGCAAAGCCGUCUUCCACAGCCUGACCAACGGCCACGGCAAAGGCAAGCUGUCCGGGGACGAAGCCUCUGAAGACGGCGAUGAUUACGACACCCCGCCGAUCCUCAAGGAGCUGGAGUCCCUCAACACCGAGGAAGGAGCCGAGCAAAGGGCUGAGGUGGACAGGAUGCUCAGGGAGGACCCAUGGCGAGCAGCGAAGAUGAUCAAAGGUUACAUGCAGCAGCAUAACAUUCCGCAAAGGGAAGUGGUGGAUGUGACAGGUCUCAAUCAAUCUCACCUCUCACAACAUCUCAACAAGGGCACCCCAAUGAAAAAUCAGAAGCGGGCUGCUCUCUACACCUGGUAUAUUAGGAAACAACAAGAGAUUCAGAGACAAUUCAACCAGACUAUCCAGAAUACUGGAAACAAUAUGACAGACAAAAGCAGGCCAGAUCAGCUGCUGUUUCUCUUUCCAGAGUUCAAUCAGCAAGACCAGGGGCAGGGCUCGGAGGUGGGCACUGAGCCUGCUAACAAGAAGAUGCGUCGCAACAGGUUUAAAUGGGGACCAGCAUCUCAGCAAAUAUUGUACCAGGCUUAUGAGAGGCAGAAGAACCCCAGCAAGGAGGAGCGGGAGGCUCUGGUGGAGGAGUGCAACAGAGCUGAAUGCAUACAACGUGGGGUCUCGCCUUCUAAAGCUCAUGGACUGGGAUCAAAUCUGGUUACAGAAGUCAGAGUGUAUAACUGGUUUGCUAAUCGAAGGAAGGAGGAAGCUUUCCGUCAGAAACUUGCCAUGGAUGCAUACAACGUUCAGUCACACAGCAUCAACCCAUUGCUAUCUCACAGUUCUCCACAUCACCCACAGCCGAACUCAUCUCCCUCAAGUAAGCACGCAGGCGUGCGAUAUGGCCAGCAAGGGACCAGUGAAGUCUCCUCUUCGGCAGCAAUCAGCCACCAUGGUAACAGCGCCAUGGUAACAAGCCAAACAGUUUUACAGCAAGUCUCGCCAGCAAACCUGGACCCAAGCCACAGUCUGCUGUCACCUGAUGGCAAGAUGAUCACUGCUACAGGUGGACCUCUGCCUCCGGUCAGCACGUUGACAAAUAUUCACAGCUUGUCACAACCUCCACAUCACAAUCACCAACAAACACAGAAUCUCAUCAUCAACCCCCUCUCUGGAGUCAUGGCGAUAGCACAAAGUAUAAGCACAUCCCAGGGGCAGAGUGUUCCUGUUAUAAACAGCGUGACAGCAGGUAGCCUGGCAGCUCUACAACCUGUGCAGUUUUCACAGCAACUUCACAGUCCGCAUCAGCAGCCAAUCAUGCAGCAGUCUCAGAGUCACAUGUCACAGCAACCGUUCAUGGCCACAGUGACCCAGCUGCAGAACUCUCACAUGUACACACACAAGCCAGAUCCUCCCCAGUAUUCCCACACUACACGCUUUCCAUCGGCCAUGGUUGUCGCGGAUACGGGCAGCAUCAGUGCACUAGCGAGCAUGUCCUCCAGCAAGCAGGUAACUGAGUACAACAACCACAGGAGCGGCUCAAGGCGGUUGGGAGUGCAGAAGAAAUUACUGGCUCCUAAACCUGACUUUGAUCCCAAGGCAGCCAGAGCAGGGCUGCCCCUGUAA